AUGGCGGCCGCCGCAGUGGUUGCGGGUACUUCGAGAUGGCAAUAUCUAGAUCGAAUUCGCAAGACAACUGGUCCAUUCAACGAAGAUUCCGACGUUAGCGAUGAUGCCCUUGCCGCACAGGACAAGGCCAAGAUCUUGGUCAUCGGAGCUGGGGGUCUCGGUUGUGAAAUACUCAAGAACCUUGCCCUGUCUGGUUUCAAGGAUAUACAUGUUAUAGAUAUGGACACCAUCGACAUCUCCAAUCUAAACCGCCAAUUCCUCUUCCGUAAAGACGACGUGGGAAAGUUCAAGGCAGAAGUCGCUGCCAAGUUCGUCGAGAAGCGAGUCAAAGGAGUCAAAAUCACACCUCACAAUUGCCGAAUACAAGAGUUCGACGAGGACUUCUAUAUGCAAUUUCAACUUGUUGUUUGCGGUCUCGACAGCAUCGAAGCACGCCGAUGGAUCAACGCGGCCCUCGUGAAUAUGGUCGAUAUGGAUAACCAAGACUCUCUAAAGCCACUUAUCGACGGCGGAACCGAAGGAUUUAAAGGCCAAACCAGAGUCGUAUUCCCUACCCUAACACCAUGUAUCGAGUGCCAACUAGACCUUUAUACCCCCAGAGCUGCUGUACCUCUGUGUACCCUAGCCACUAUUCCACGUCAACCCGAACACUGCAUAGAAUGGGCUCAUAUCAUUGCAUGGGAUCAAGAAAAGCCGUUCCCAAGCCUAGACAAGGAUGACCCCGAGCACAUCACAUGGCUUUACCAGAAAGCCCUCACACGAGCCCAAGAAUUCGGUAUCACCGGUGUUACCUACUCAUUAACCCAAGGCGUGGUUAAAAACAUUAUCCCAGCAAUAGCUUCCACCAACGCCAUCAUCGCCGCCAGCUGCUGUAAUGAGGCCUUGAAGAUCGCUACCUCCGUGGCGCCGGCGCUAGGGUUCGAAGAAAAUUAUAUGAUGUACUCCGGCGAUGACAGCAUUUACACCAAUACCUUCAAAUAUGAGAAGAAAGAGGACUGUGCCGUGUGUGGCAACAUGGCCAAGCCUCUUCAGGUUGACCCCAGUUGGACAUUGAGAGAGCUCCUUGCUUCUUUCUCCACAAAAGCCGACCUUCAGCUGAAGAAGCCUUCCAUCAGAGCCGAAGGUAAGACCCUGUACAUGCAAUUUCCUCCGGGUAUCGAGGAGCAAACACGGCCGAACCUAGACAAGACUCUGAAGGAGGGGCUGGGUUUGGAUGUAAACCACGAGAUUGUCGUCACAGAUCCGGCGUUCCCGGCCUUGACCUUCAAAUUCAUUCUUCGUUUCACAUAA